AUGUCUGUGUGGUGCGGUGCGCGCAUUUUGCCGCUCGAUAGGCGGGUGUACUCCAUCACACUUGUGAUAGAUCCAAACACAGCAUUUCUUCGAGCAGCGAGAGCUGGGCAGCUAGAUUCAGUCAUCGAUUUAUUGGACUCUGGCGCAGUGAAUGAUAUUAACACAUGCAAUUCAAAUGGAUUGAACGCGCUUCACUUAGCCGCCAAAGACGGCCACAUUUCAGUCGUAGAGGAGCUUUUGAAGCGCGGUGCUACUGUCGAUGCGUCUACAAAGAAAGGAAACACAGCACUACACAUAGCAUGUCUCGCUGGGCAGGAAUCGGUAGCGCGGGCGCUGCUAGCGGCCGGCGCAAGAGCAGAUGCGCAAUCAGCGGCAGGAUUCACGCCAUUGUAUAUGGCUGCACAGGAAAACCACGCGGGCUGCGUGAAAAUGCUGCUAGCCGCUGGGGCUAGCCAGACACUGGCAACGGAGGAUGGAUUCACACCAUUAGCCGUGGCAAUGCAACAAGGCCAUGACAGAGUUGUGGCGGAAUUACUAGAGUCUGACACGCGGGGUAAAGUGCGACUACCGGCACUGCACAUCGCCGCUAAGAAGAAUGACGUGAAAGCUGCUACGCUUUUAUUAGAGAACGAACACAAUCCCGACGCUUGCUCGAAAUCUGGCUUCACUCCACUCCACAUAGCUGCGCACUAUGGGAACGUGGGAGUGGCCAAGGCUCUAUUGGUGGCUGGGGCGGACUCGGGCAGAGCGGCUAAACAUAACAUCACACCUCUACAUGUGGCCAGCAAGUGGGGCCAGCUGGCUAUGGUCGAUUUGCUUGUUGAAAAUGGUGCAAACAUAGCAGCAGUGACUCGUGAUGGACUGACACCGUUACACUGUGCGGCGCGGUCAGGUCACAGUAAUGUGGUAUCCAGGUUGCUACAACAUGGUGCCCCUAUCACCAGUAAGACUAAAAAUGGUCUAACACCCCUCCAUAUGUCGGUACAAGGCGAACACGUGGAGACGGCAAAAGUGCUACUCUCGGAAGGCGCACCUAUAGAUGACGUCACGGUUGAUUACCUCACGGCUCUGCAUGUAGCCGCACAUUGCGGACAUGUCAAGGUUGCCAAACUUCUGCUAGAUAGAAAUGCAGAUGCAAACGCACGCGCACUCAACGGAUUCACGCCUCUACAUAUCGCCUGCAAGAAAAACAGGCUCAAAGUUGUUGAACUGUUGCUCAAAUAUGGUGCUAGUAAAUCAGCAACAACCGAGUCAGGUCUGACACCACUCCACGUGGCGUCAUUCAUGGGUUGCAUGAAUAUUGCGUUGGUGCUGGUUGGCGCUGGUGCUGAUGCAGAUGCUGCUACCGCGAGAGGAGAGACCCCACUGCAUCUCGCUGCUAGAGCGCACCAGACGGAUUUAGUUAGAGUGCUGUUGAGGAAUAAUGCUAAGGUUGAAGCUCGAGCCCGUGAGGAACAAACACCACUUCACGUUGCGGCCAGACUGGGACACGCGGACAUAGCAGCGCUGUUAUUGCAGCACGGGGCUGAUGUUGCUGCUACCACUAAGGACAAAUACACACCGUUACACAUUGCUGCUAAAGAGGGUAAAGAAGAAGUAGCAGCUAUCCUAAUAGACAACCAAGCGCCAAUAGAAGCAGAGACACGAAAAGGUUUUACUCCGCUCCAUCUAGCGGCGAAAUAUGGAGACAUCGGUGUUGCCAGGUUGCUACUCGCUAGGGCAUUGUUACUUUUGGACAAAGGUGCCUCCCCCCACUCGCUAGCUAAGAACGGCCACUCUGCCCUCCACAUCGCGUGUAGGCACAACCAUCCAGACAUCGCAUUUGCGCUCCUCGAACAUGAUGCAGACCCAAGUGUAAAGUCGAAGGCUGGUUUCACACCACUUCAUAUGGCUGCGCAGGAGGGCCAUGACGAUUGUGUAGAAAUGCUUAUUGAGAGAGGCGCUGAUGUCAACGUUCCAGCUAGUAACGGUCUUACUCCAGUACAUUUAGCAGCAUCCGAAGGCAGGACGGCUGUACUCAAGUCACUGUUGGCAGCUGGAGGGCGCUGUGCUGCAAGAACACGAGAUGGAUAUACGCCUUUACAUGCGGCUGCGCACCACGGACACCACGCCGCUGCUAAGACUCUUCUUGAAGGCGGCGCUGAUGUCACUGCCACGGCUGCUCACGGGUUCACACCUUUACACCAAGCGGCGCAACAAGGCCAUACUCUUAUCAUUCAACUUCUACUUAAGAACAAUGCUGAUCCCAACGCACUGUCUGCGAAUGGCCAGACAGCAUGCGCAAUAGCAGAUCGUUUGGGAUAUAUUAGCGCUGUAGAGGCUUUGCGGCCACUCACCGAAAACACACUAAGCCAAACUGUAGGUGACAACGGUAAGUACAUAGAAUAA